UCUUGUGCAACUCACACGUUCUCUAUUCUUGUAGCGACUUCAUCGAACAGGAUCUCCUAAACUUUGCUCGCCGGAACCCGGGAGUGGUGAUGUACGUUAAGCCUCGCCGACACAGAUCCCCUGUGUUGAAAGCUGAGUUUCUGAAUGGGGAGCACCACUGGUUGUCACUGCAUAGCAUGGAUCGAGAAGAAGUUCAUCGGUGGAUAGAAUUGAUGCGUACCAAGUCGGGAGAGCAAAUGGUACGUUUGAGGAAGCAAUGGUAUACUGAUACGCCAUCCAUUCAAGGAGUA